AUGGACAGGGAGAAAUCGACCCCGGCCUGUGAGAAUACAGAAGAACUACGCCUGGAGAACGACGCAACAGCUGACGUAGCGCUCAAACUUGAUAGCCUCUUUCGCAUCUCCGAUAUUCACACCUUCAAGCAAGCCAUCACCAUAUCCGACGACCUCAGUCACGUUGCCAAGAUCGAGGAACGACAGCUCCUUGCACUGAGAGACAAGAACGAGCGACUAGCACCACUUGUCGCCACCGUAUUAAAUCCACUUGGCCCCACGGCCUCCAACAAGCCUUUAAGGUUAAAGGACUACCAGAUCCAACUUAUGCUACUAGAACAACAAAAUAAGAAAAGAUUGAUGCUGGCUCGACAGGAACAAGAUAUAAUGUUCGAUCCACCUGUGGAGAGCCCUGUCAAUUUCAUGCAACCUGAAGAUCCGGCACUGAUGGGCGGCCCGGCCUUAUCCCGAAAACGCAAACGUCUCCUGGAUGACAACAGCGACACGCAACUUAGCCCAGAUGUCCUGGAGAUGGAUGCAGUGGAGCUACGCUCCUUCAUCGCAGCGUUGGAGGAAAGGGCCAUUGCACUAGGGGCGUCAUAUGAUGUACCGAAAAUCCCGUCGUCGCUCAAACAUCAGAUUUUGUACCGAAUUUUUGAAGAAAAGACUAUUUCAGAUGGUCCCAAGGGGAAGAAGUCAAUCCAAAAGAUCGUGACUGGCCCUUAUUUUGACCCUCCAGAAUGGGUUGGCGGGCAAGACGAGACCGGAACACUCCGUUGCCAACUUCCGCUGCAGAAUUUUGAUCUCUUCUUGGAGAAAAACAAAGAUCUGGCAUUUAUAGUGUACAAAACCUAUGAUCUACAAGUCGGUCAUGAGAAUGAGUCACAGCGACAAAAGGUGGUUGUGAAUGAAUCCAUUCAUCCCAUUACCGACGAAUUGAAAGAGGCGGUCAAGGUUCUCUUGGAGUCAGAGGAGGAGUUCUUCCAGUUGCACCAAGAAUACAAGGAUACUUCCGAGCUCACGGCUCCCUACCUCUGGGUCUUUCAUCAGCGGGACAGUUGGGAGUCUGUUUUGGAAGGCUUGCCCCAGGUGCUUCGAAAUCAAACCAACAUGCUCUGGGAAUACAUCAUGGACAAUCAUGGUGAGGAAUAUGCUGCUGUUGAUACAUUCAUAUCCAGCGGACAGAUCACGUCUAAUUAUAUCAAGUAUCUCUUCAAACCUGGUGACAUUAUCGUCGAAUCUAAGAACGAUCAGCACCUGGGAUACAUGGCCAAGUCUUGGCCUCACUAUGAAGGAAAGAGUCUUAAGGCGCGGCAGCACAAAGGUGCAGUGCCCGACAACAGUUCGGCAUCUUUUCAUGGCGUGAACAGCAUCUUCAACCACAGGGGCGAGGAAAAGGUGGUGGUGCAUAAAUGGACAAUCGAGGCCUGGCAUUGGGAAUUUGACGGCCAAUUUCGACGCAGGAGUGGCAUGCUCUGGUUAUCCGUCGAAGCUGAUCCCAGAGAUACUGAGAAAGGCAUUGCGAAAUCAAAGCACAAUGCUGAUCAACAGCAAAAUGAUUCCGGCAUUGUCAAUAUUGAUGAGCUAGGAAUAUUUCCACUGUCAUGCGCAUCUGAAGAGAUAAUUGCCAGAUUGCGCCGCCGCGGAAGAUCCUUCUGGACCUGUCGGAAUGGAGCGUUUAUGUCUUAUCGGGAAUCAACAGGACAAAAUGGAUCAACUCUGCUGGAAGAACGCUACAUGAUUGAUCUCAAGACAUAUCACAGUCUCCACAAAGAUAACAAAGCCGAGAGGACGGGCUUCGGAACCGGGUUCGUGCAUGAAAUAAGCUUCGAAGCAAUGGAAAAGGAUGAGCCACCCGACCCCACGUUCGAGUUUCUACUGCCACUUACCAUCAAGGGGUUCAACCUGCGAAAGAAAAAGUGGUAUGACCUGGCCGCGGACAGAAUCAGUCCAGUCAAAUGGAACAAGGAGGCAUUUCAGAAGGUGGUGAUUGACCCGAAGGCUAAAGACCUUAUCCUCGCCCUCGUCAACAAUCAGCUGGCUUCCGAGGUGAGCACUGAUCUGAUUGAGGGCAAGGGCAACGGGCUCAUCAUGCUCCUCCACGGCGGCCCAGGCACCGGCAAGACCUUGACAGCCGAGAGCGUUGCUGAAAUCUCGGAGAAGCCACUUUAUAGAGUGACUUGUGGAGACGUAGGCACCAAGGCAGAGGACGUCGAGAAAUACUUGGAAUCUGUUCUCCAUCUAGGAAAGCUGUGGGGAUGCGUUGUGCUUUUGGACGAGGCGGACGUGUUCCUGGAGGAGCGUAGUCUGAGGGACCUUGAGCGCAAUGCAUUGGUUUCCGUCUUUCUGCGCGUGCUGGAAUACUACGAAGGCAUCCUCAUCCUCACGAGUAACCGAGUCGGUACCUUUGACGAAGCCUUCAAGUCUCGCAUCCAGCUGGCACUGCAUUACCCGACGCUUGGUCCAUACCAACGCCUUCGGAUCUGGGAGAACUUUCUCGACCGACUGGCGAAGCUUGAUGACAGGUCGAUCGACUUGGAUGAUUUGCGUUACCACCUGGAAGACCUCCAAAAGGAGGAUAUGAAUGGCCGCCAGAUCCGCAACGCCAUCACCACUGCGCGCCAAUACGCCAAGUGGAAAAAGGUCACAUUGACCUACCAGCAUCUCAAGGAUGUUAUCGAGGUCUCGGGCCGCUUCGAUCAAUACUUGAGCAAGGUUCGUGGAGGAUUGUCUGAAGAUCAACUGGCAGAGGAUGAAGGCCCCGCGUGCGCCACCUGCAGAGUAAAGUCACGUCGUUGUGAUCGUGGUCGCCCUUCCUGCAAUCGAUGUCUGACCAAGGGCUUGACCUGUGGAGGAUACCCCGACAAGUUUCGCUUUUGUGGCAUUGCGAGUCGAGGUAAAUUAAAGGGAAAGAAAAUCCCGACAGCGGAUGGGCCAGAGAUUUCUUUGAAGGGCUCAGCGGAGCAACCCCAGCAGCCUGAAAGCUUGCCGUCCGCUGCACCUCUAGCUACCACUGAAGACGACAAUCACAUCGAAACGCUUCACCUUGGAGCGCCCUCGAGUACACUGCAGCUUGAAUCUGCUUCUGAUCCCCCGCGCCUUUCGACGCCUAGAGAGCCUUCUCAAACCAGACGAGAUGGUCCGCAAAAUGUCGAAACCCCCGUUGGUGAACGUCGUUACAGCGAUGUUGAUCCAGCUGAACUCAACUCGGCAAUGACGAUCCAUCCUCUGCCCGACCCCAAUUUCGUGUAUGAAAUGGUGACUUCAAAUUCACCCACUCAUUCCGAGUCGCCAGUACACAGCUUAUUGACACGGAUUGGAAAUUCCCGGAUUCGCAGUCAAGCAGACGCCCUCCUGGAACAUUACGUCAGUGAAAUAUGUCCUCAUCAGAUACAACAAUUAGGUGCUCAUGUUGCGAAUCCGUAUGAAUCGUACAUAGUGCCUCUAGCAAAAGAGCCAGUAGGCUUAUUAUAUGCCAUAUUGGGUCUCGCGGCCAGCCACUUGGGACAGGAGCAGUCUGACCGAGACCUUCAAUACAACGUUGCUGUGGAGUGUCGUCUUUUAUCCCUCUCGGAAUUGGGUAGCGCAAUAAGGCGGGCCAUUUCUACUGAAAUGUCAAACGACUUUCGAGAUGCUAUAUUCGCCACUAUACAAAUCCUACUUUUGCAAGACGUCUGCGAAAGUGGUGUCUCGGAAAAUGGUAUACAUAUAUCGGGCGCUUUUGCAAUCAGUUCGAAUCUCCUCAAGCUUGACACCUUGGAACCAUUGCGGCAUAGUCGAACGAUCUUCUUCCUGAGCAACUUGGCUUGGCUCGACAUAAUACGCGCGUUUGCGAAUCCUCAGCGAUUGAGCUUCUCUCAAGAAUCACGUGAGACUUUGGUCAUGCUGAUUGAUUCUCGGUUUGAACUGGUAAAUGGUUGCCCAAAAGACUUGUUCAUUCUUAUCGGAGAAGCUCUCACUUGUGCCAAGGCGCGCGGCUUGCAGGAUAUUGGGAAAACGGAAUUCGAACAGAAGCUGCGGCGGAUACUACGACAACUAUAUUCGUGGAACCGACAUCAAUACCAGUGCCCCAAUGAUGACGCUCGCUGGGUAAAUGUUGCGGAAGCAUUUCGGCAUACCUGUAUCUUGAGAGUCUUGAGGCUCUUGGACGAAUUUCAUGACCCGCGGGAUCCUGAAAUCCAAGAAUCUGUUCAUGCCAUUCUAGACGCAGUCUCUGGGAUAUCGAAAGAUUGUGCUCUUGUGGAAUUAAUGGUUCUGCCCUUGUUCAUGGCUGGCGCUGAUGCCAUGUCGCCACAUUCACGUCACUAUGUGAAAUUGCGACUGGAUGAUAUUAGGGGAAGGUCAAGAAUGAGCAAUCCGGCGCCGGACAGACUGCUUCAGCAAGUUUGGGAUGCUCGAGCUUUACAGUCCAAGCAUGAUAGGAAAAACAUCCCUUGGAUGUUAUUUACCAACGACAGCCAGUCAACUCGCCAACAUGAUUAUUUAAUCAUUUGA